AUGGCGCACUACGGCUCUUUCAAGCCUGACACACAUCUCCAAGGGAUGUCCUCCCCUCAGCCCUUCGCAGUCCAUCUUGGGCUACCCGAAUCCUCUACAUUCCAGCUUUUAGGGCCCUUUCCAAAUGGCUCCUCGAGCUACUGGAUUGUCGAGGUCAAUGGUGCCAUAAUGGGUAUACAAGGCCCUCUUGGCCAUCCCAUACGCCUGGCUGCGAAUCCCUUCUCGCCAUCUCUGCCAUCACAUACUCUUCCGCCACCCGCCACCCAUUGGAGCUCGCAUCCCUGCUCGUCCCCGCGGCCGUCAGACAUCUACCUCGUGAUGCGCUCGCUCGAUUCCAAGAUUCUCAAAGCAGCGGCACCCCUCGUCGACGACGAAGGCACGCACUGGGCCUUGGAGGUAGAUGGUACUCACUGGCACAUUCGGCCUGCUGGGAAGGCCAAUGUCUUCAACCCGAAGAAGCUUGCGCUCGCGGACAAGAACAUCCCUGAGGAGGAGCUUCUCCCCCAGGAGAUUGACCGCAGUCCCCGGGGCGACGUUUACUACCACCGCCGCCGAAAGAUCGGCGAGACGUAUCGCAAGCCUCACGAAAUUCGUGAUAUUUGCCAUCGCAUUCUGGACGAAUGCCGGAUGUUGAAAAUCGGAUACAACCUGGCCAAUUUCAACUGCCGACACUUUGUUAUCAAACUGUGGUCCCAGAUCGCGCUGAAUCCCGGUUAUAGCCAGCAUGCACGCCUCACCUAUGACGCGAACUCUACUUUGUUGCAUGAGAUCCAAGGCAUGGCCCGGGGGAUUGUCGAAGAUGUUAAAGACGAGGUCCGCGGAAAGGCAAUUGGGGUCAAACCACUUCGAACUCGUGACAAACAAAUAGGGCGUACAGUCGGAUGGAAAUGGAAGCCCGUUGAUAUCUCUUUCCAGCUUGAGUGCCUUCCGCCUCCCAUGCUCUUCCUCUCAGCUCUUUACAUCACUGCAUCCCUAUGGACCACCCAGGCUUCUGUCUUUCCCCGUGCUGAGGGCCUUUCUUCCAGCCUUGACGACGAUACCGCAGAGGCCUGGUGUCAACAGCGCUCGGUCCUGUCGAUCAUCCAGACAUGCUGGGUGACGAUAUUUGCGUGCACCUGGGUCGGGGUCCACCCAGACAUCCGCCGUCCUGUCUCCUCUGGUAACAACAGAUGGGGAGGGCUUCUACAGAGAGCUGAGCUCAUGUUCUGGGGACUAGCUGCCCCUGAGCUCCUCGUGGCCUUUGCAUUCCAUCAAUGGCGGGGUGCUCGAGAUAUCCAGCGAAAGAUGACCAGACGACUGGAAUUAGAGAAGGAGGCCAACCCUGAUUGCAAAUUCAUUUUGACUAGACUAUUGUCCACUCACAUUUCCUGCAAAUGCGAGGGUACCUAUUUGAGAAGGGCGGAGAUUCAGAAGCGAGAACCACCUACGUCUUCGGCGCUGAAGAGGACGAAAGAGCUGCCCUUCAAGCGCUCGUUCGACGGACCUGGGACACGCGGCAAGAAUCAGAAGAUCGCAGCAAGGGGGACGCCCUCGCCAAAGGGUUUGUUCUCCUCCAGACAAGCUGGUUCGUGGUAG